AUGGAUUUUAAUCCGUUUACUGCAACAAACAACUUUGUUGAUCUGCUUAGCAGUCAACAAAAUCCUGCCUUUGGCACUGAGACUUCACCGCAAGUUCCCUUCUAUGGCAAUCAAGCAACCGAGGAUUCAAACUUUGGUGCAGAAACUCAAGGCCCUCGUAAAGAAAGAAGAGCGUGGUCGCCAGGAGACGAUGUGCUGCUAAUCAGCUCAUGGUUAAACACCAGCAAAGAUGCAGUAGUAGGGAAUGAGCAAAGGUCUAAUACAUUCUGGACAAGAAUUGCUGCGUACUACAAUGCUAGUCCUCAGAAUGCGGGCAGUGAGAAGAGGGAGGCACGUCACUGUAAGAAUCGUUGGCAGAAGAUCAAUGAUCUGGUUUGUAAAUUUUGUGGAGCAUUUGAAGCUGCGACCAGAGAGAAAACAAGUGGUCAAAACGACAAUGAUGUUCUCAAACAAGCCCACCACAUCUUCUACAACAACCACAAGAAGAAAUUCCUCCUUGAACAUGCUUGGAAGGAGUUGAGGAACGAUCAGAAGUGGUGUGAGCUUUCAUCUGCUAAGAACGAAGGAACCUCUAAAAAAAGAAGAUGUGACGCUGAUGGUGCAGAUACAUCAACAUCUCAAGCCGAUUCUAAGAAGCGUCCACCAGGUGUUAAAGCCUCCAAGGCGAGUGGGAAGCAGACGGCUGUUGAUGAUAAGACUCUGCUUAAGUUUGAGAAUAUGUGGACAAUCAAACAGAAAGAUUUGGAAGCUAAAGAACGCUUGUCUAAGAUGAGAAUGCUUGAGAGUCUUAUUGGGAAAAAUGAACCUUUGGCUGAGUACGAGGAAGUCCUCAAGAAAAAUCUCAUCAACAAAUUCUUCUGA